CGCCGCCCCACCUGGACGGCCCGGGAUUUGAAACCAACUUAUAUACAUGAGGAGUGACUCCAUACCAACCACGAUAUGUCAAGAAAGAAGAAAAGACCCAAUGGAAAUGUUUCAUUCUGGACAACUGAUAAAAGUCUGUGCCCCGAUGGUUCGAUAUUCAAAGUUGGCUUUUAGAACAUUAGUAAGAAAAUACUCUUGUGACCUGUGUUACACACCAAUGAUAGUUGCUGCUGAUUUUGUCAGAUCUGUAAAAGCCAGAGACAGUGAAUUUACCACAAACCAAGGUGAUUGCCCAUUGAUUGUUCAGUUUGCUGCUAAUGAUGCAAGACUUUUAUCUGAUGCUGCUGUGAUAGUCUCCCCCUAUGCAAAUGGAAUAGAUAUUAACUGUGGUUGUCCUCAGAGGUGGGCAAUGGCGGAUGGUUAUGGAGCUUGCUUGAUCAACAAGCCAGAGCUAGUUCAAGAUAUGGUGAGACAAGUGAGAAAUCGGGUAGAAAGCCCAAGGUUUUCAGUUUCUAUCAAGAUAAGGAUCCAUGAUGACCUGGCAAAAACCAUAGAUCUUUGCCAGAAGGCUGAAGCAACAGGAGUGUCCUGGAUUACAGUCCAUGGGAGAACAGUUGAAGAAAGACAUCAGCCAGUCCACUAUGAUGCCAUUAAAAUGAUAAAGGAAAAUGUGUCUAUACCCAUAGUUGCUAACGGAGACAUAAGAAGCUUGAAAGAAGCAGAAAAUGUGUGGCAGAUGACUGGGACAGAUGGUGUGAUGGUUGCAAGAGGACUUUUAGCAAACCCAGCUAUGUUUGCUGGAUAUGAAGAAACCCCACUGAAAUGUAUCUGGGACUGGGUUGACAUCGCUCUUGAACUUGGAACUCCUUUUAUGUGUUUCCAUCAGCAUCUAAUGUACAUGAUGGAAAAGAUAACUUCAAGGCAGGAAAAGAGAAUAUUUAAUGCUUUGUCAAGCACAUCAGCAGUCCUGGAUUACCUUACAGACCAUUAUGGUGAUGAUUCAAUUUUCUAAGUCAUUGUAGUAUGUACUUUUUACCUACAUGGAACCACAUGAGGUUACAUCCUCGGAUUUCUUUUAAGUCUAUGGCUUUUAGCAUCAGUACAACAGCAAUCGCCAGGGCCAGACAUGGCUGCACAUGUCUUUUAUCCAACCACUCAGAAAGCUGAAGGAGGAGGUUUGGAAAUUUGCUAGGCCAGCAGAAUUUUAUCUGAAAGAACAAAUGGAACUUUUCUAUAACUGAGAACUCAGACCCAGGACUAUAGAGAUGGCUGGCCAGUUAUCCUUGGCUGCUCUUCUAGAGGACCUGGAUCCAAGUUCCAGCUCCCAAGUGGCUACUCACUACUGUCUUUAACUCCAGGGCCAGGGGAUUCAACGCGUUCUUCAGUCCUCCUCUGGCACCAGCUAAGCACAUGGUGUACAGACAAACAUACAAGCAAAACACUCAUACACAUAAAACUCACAGCAACAAACAUCAGCCCCUAUACUCCUUCCUCAUGGAUUCCAGUUCAGUAGAUUGUGAGCAGACCCAGAAGUUUUAAAGAACUCAGGAGUUUCGAACAUCCAAUAGUCCUAGACCAAAUAUUGAAAAACUCUGCUUCUAAUUUUUAUGGGUGUGGUAGAUGGGUGGGUGUAGAAGUUUUACUAAAGGUAUUCUGUUUUUAAGUAUUUUAAAUAAAACUUUUC